AUGGAGUUGGCGUUCCUCGCACCAACUGGCAAUGCCGUGCAGACCCAGGCCGUCUCCGCGCCAACGCAGGCCACGCUGCCCGGGCAGCAGUCGGCCGCUGGCUUCGGAGUGAAGAUGGCCGCCGUUGCCUCAUGCACGGCUGCGGCAGUUGGCUUGGCCUCCAGCCGCAAGCGCUCCAAGACCGCGGCACGCUACACCACGCAGACGAUCUUGCCCUCCCUCGCCUGGAUCAAAACGGGCGUGAAGUCUUCCGAGCUGCAGCCCAAGCAGCUGAAAGCCCUGACGCUUGCCGGAAACGAUGUGCUGAUCGGCAAGACAGAGGCGGGGGCGCUCUUCUGCGUCGGCAACUUGUGCCCCCACAUCGGCACGCCCAUGAGCGAGGGUGCCGACGUGAUCGGUGACGUCAUCGUUUGCCCCUUGCAUGGCUCCUCUUUCAAGGUGACCACGGGUGAGCUCCUUGACUGGUGCGUUUCUCCGCCUGUCAUCGGCCCCUUGACCGGACUGAUUGUGGAGAAGAAGAACCUUUUGGUCUUCGAGGUGCGCCAGGGUGGCUUGCUUGGAACCGGCGAUGUCGAGGUGCUCGUGGACACGAACGCCAAGAAGGCCUACGAGGCUUGGUACUGGAAGGGCUUGCUCGACGCCCAGGGUAAGGAUGACGGCACCUACUAUUGA